CUAAAACUAAAUUUGGUGGUAGCUUGAUCAAUUUGUUGAUUGAUUUAUGAAUAAUUAUCGUAAACGUACUGGUUUAAAAAGCCUUCAACACUUACAUAAAUUCCUCGAGUUAAAACCGUUAAACCAUAUUUGAAAAAGUCUAUUUAUCUCAAAUAAGAAACACCGGUGAUUAAAGUGAAAAAGGGCGUCUCAUGCGAUUGGCUACUUUUCCGCGUUACAUCUCUCGAGGACUAAGGUUGAUGCGCGCGCGCGCACGCGCUAGCCCGCAGUGUAUGUAUACUAGCACCUCUUGCAAAUGCCGGCCGGUUAGUUAGUUGACCAUCGUCUUGAUCAGUAUACGGGCAACAACGAGCGACACUCGCCACUGCGACCAACAUGUACGCCGAAAUCUGUGCCACUACCGGUCUCGCCACUUUUCUCAUCCUACUCUAUUGGAUUUUUUUCGGCAAAAUCGUUUGGAAGAGCAAUGUGUCGCUAGGAAGUAAAAGGUCUAUCAUGAGGAAGCACCGGUCAAUCGGAAAUAUACCUCCCAUUUAUCCUAACGGCUGGUUUGCGCUCGCUCAAAGCUCAGAAAUAAAAAAUGGACAGGUUAAACAAAUUGUCGCGCUUGGUGAAAAUUUUGCAGUUUACAGAACAGAAAAGGGUAUUGUACGAAUCGUAGAUGCGUAUUGUCCACAUUUGGGUGCGAACAUGGGCAUAGGUGGCAAAGUUCGAGGCGAGGAUCUCGAAUGCCCAUUUCACAGUUGGCGUUUCUGCGGCGCAACUGGUAAAUGCACUUACAUACCGUAUGCGAAAAAGGGUGUACCUGACGUUAUAAAGGCAACUCCGUACGAAUGCUUGGAAGUAAAUGACUUGAUAUUCGUAUGGUACCAUUCGGAUAAAGAGCCACCUACCUGGUGGCCGGAACCAAUUGCACAGAUAGCCAAUAGGACUUGGACGUAUCAAGGGUAUAACGAAUUUUUCGUUAAUUGCCAUAUUCAAGAUAUACCAGAAAACGGCGCCGAUUGGGCUCACUUGACAGCGGUUCAUGGGCCGUCCAUAUUGGAUUCUUAUUUGUCAGAAGCAGUGAAACAUUCUUGGACCGAUGCAUCUUGGACAACGAGAAGCGAGGAACUGGAGGCUGACAGCGGCGACAAAUCUGCUUGCUGCAUCCCCCCGACUCCAGUAAUCAGCCACAAGCACAUAGCUACAAGCUGCUUGAAGCACAACUUGAUAUUAUUCAACAAAUAUCACAUGAUGGAAAUAAACGUCAAAGCCAAUCAAAUAGGACCUGGUUAUGUAGAGCUCCAGCUUCAAACCAAGUUCGGGCCCAUGUGCAUCGUUCAAACUGUCACUCCGGUUGGGCCGUUGCAACAGCGAGUGACUCACUUGAUGUUUUCCCCUUUACUUACAUCUCCCUAUGCCAAACUUGUUAUGCUUGGCGAAUGUAUAAUGUUUCAACGAGAUGUUGAUGUCUGGAAUCACAAAAAAUACAUGGAUAAACCAAUGUUGGUCAGCGAAGACAAAAACAUUAAACAUUUCAGGAGGUGGUAUAAGCAAUUUUACAGUAUAAGUAGUCCGACCUAUGAGUCUGCAAAGGAUUCUCUCGAAUGGUAAAAUAACGACAAAUUGUGCAACAUACGAGUGAUUGUCGUAUGAUUUGCAAUCGAUGUACAGGUCUUUACACGUAAAGAAUUAUAUUGGACUAAAUUUUAGGAUUAAAACUAAAGACUGAUUAUAUAUAAGGUUUAUAUAUUUAAGAAAAUGUUUCUAUUUUUAAUAUUUUCUGACUUUCCCGAAAGUGUAUCUCAGUUCAGAUAAAAUAAAAUUUUUCUUGAUAAUUCAACUGAAAGUAACAUUUUUGGCCUCCUGGCUAAAACAAAAAUGUUUCUUUCCGUUGAGGGAUUCAAGAAAAGUAUAAUACGCAUCGUGGGAGAUAAAAAGAGCCUCAAAGCACAUGUUCGUCAACCUAGGCGAAGCAGAGGUUGACAAUUAACAUGUGAUUUGAGUUUUUUUUACCUCCCUUGGCCAAUAAUCUACCAUUAAUUUUUUCUGUAACUACUAAUCUUAUUCUU